AUGAAUAAAGAUCCAUUUUACGAUGACGGCGUAGAAGCUAAUAAUGAUAAUGUAUCUCAGAAUGAUAUAGCUCCUAAUCGAGAAGAAUUGAUUCGUACACCAUCACCUCCGGUUCCUAAGCAACGGACACGCGCUGUAUCUCCAGCAGGAGUUUCACAAUCAGAAAAUGCUGCUAUUAACGAUGAAACUCUUAUUGAUCAAAAUGAAAACCCAACACAAUCAGUGGAUUCAUCGGAUUCAUCGGUCCAUGAAGAACAAACUGGAAAUAUGGAACGUACCGCAUUGAAAGAACUUGUUUCUGAGCCCAAUAAUGUUCGAAAAUUAUCAGUGAUACCGACAACAAUCAUAACUAAAGAACACACAAAGGACGCCAUUAUUCAGACAGACUCAGCUAAUGUUAGCGAACAUGCCGUACAAACAGAAUAUGAGAAGCCUGUACCAGCGAUGCGAAAACGAGAAAUUAUUAUAGCACCUGAUGAAUCAAAUCAAACACAAACCAUUAGUCCAACAAUAAAAUCAUGGUUUGAUCGUGAUCCGCUUGUCAUACUGCCUAUUAUUGGUUUUUGUAAUCCUUUGUCGAUGACAAGUCGUUCAAAUGAUGUUAUUCUCACGUUACCAAAACAUCUAAUGAUGUUAACCGAACAAAAUUCUGUUACCGUUUAUCCAUGGAAUUUUCCCGAUAUAAAUUCGGCACCUCAAAUCGAUACUUUACUUGAAUGUUAUUGGUCAUCUUUUCUCUAUAAACUUCUUGUCACAUCAUCAAAUUCACUAUUCAUCUACGAUUUAACCGAUCAUCUCAUCACCGAUUCAAUCACAUUAAGAGGUUCACCACUCACUGUCAAUCGUUUUCCGACAAAAACCUUACUAGACACGAGUUCUCUACCAACAACACGAAACAUCCCAUUAACAUCGUAUAAAUCGACGGCAUCCGCACGUUUUACAACAUCGAAUUCCGAUGGAAUAUUUUAUUGUUUUUCGAGUACAAAAUAUGGCUCAUCGAUGUUGGCAAAAAUCAAUCAUAAUACUCGCCAACAUGAACGUACAAUCGAUUGUGAUAAAACUGUCUGUACAAUGGCUUCAUCGGAGAAGAAUAUUGCCGUUGUUACACGUUCUAGAACAUCGCAUGUAUUAACCCUUUACGAUAAUGAUUUGAUUGGAAUUAGAAAAAUUAUACUGCCAAUGACAAAUGAUGGUGGUGUUAGUUCAAUUGUUUAUCUAUCAAAAACGUGGCUGGUGUUUGAUCACAUUCAACAACAAGUAACAGGAAUUGGUAAAAAAGCAAGAAGAUUUACAAAACAAUUUUCUGAACAACCGAUGAAUUGUUGUGUGAUGAACAAAGGAACAUGUUUAGCAGUUUGGUUUGGUUUUCCAGGCGCAAUCGCAUACUAUAAAUAA